CGCACACCGCUGCCACAAUUGCAUUAUCUAGGUAUCACUGGACGUACACGCUAUCUGCUCUGGACAUUCCUCAGCGCUUCCUCGGUGUGUUUGCAUUGAUGCCCAACAUUUUGUUCGACAUGGCACAUAUGUAUGUACUGCACUGCACUGUACAAGCGUUCAGGAGAGCCAGAGGUCUGGCCCAAUGCCCAAUGGACAGACAUGUGCCAAGCCAUUUCCACAACUACAUGGUCCUCAAGUCUGAUUUGAUACCACUUCCACCCACAUGCUGUCCUCUCUCUUGCAGUCUGCGUUGCUGGGGGUUCCGUCACUUUUGUAUUAUCCCGGGAUCCAACCUGUCCGCCAGCUUCUGCCGAGGACCCUGCAUCCUGCAUUCCCCGUUAUUUCAUCAUCACGUCUUCGCGUCCGCCCGUGGGUUCCUCGGCCUGGUCGACGCUAACCGGCACUUUGCUGUGCGUUGCGUUGCGUUGCGUUGCGUUGCGCUCCCUGUCUGCCUCCUCUUUCUUCUAGACCGGCUCGCUAGGGCCUUGCUUCAUUGUGCAGGCCCAGCGACUGCACACACAAGCAACACGCCUGGUCGCCCGCCUUUGUUUGGAAACAGCGGCGGCCCGAUGCUUGGACAUCACAGCAGCAUGGAGAUAUACUUUGGUGAUGAUGCAUGCCAAUCUUGGUCGUGUGCGCACCGGGCCAGGAUCAUCACUUCAUCAAUUUUACAUUUUGCCAUAGUCACCUCACAAAACACCGCUGCUAUCCAUCCCACCAUGGCUCCCAGCGUUUUGCUUGCCCCGCAAGAUGAUGGUCAACAAUUCACACCGCCGACAGUCAAUCAGCAAUCUAAGUCAUUGCAAGCGGUGGGUGCCGCGUCACUUGAAGCACACGCACCUGUAGGGGGUAGAGUCUCCAUCACCUCCACUCCUUCUUCGAAUGGCAAUGGCCAUGUCGAUUCCUUUAGCGGCACUUCCACUUCACAUGGGGAUCCGAGCACGACUCGUCAGCCUGGAGGCGAUCGCUUUGUCACCGCCGAAACUCUAUUGCAGAACAGCAGGAAUUACGCGUCAGGAACGGGGGCUCAGGACGAUGCUCCAACCAAACCGAACAUCCUGUACAUCAUGGCCGAUCAGAUGGCAGCGCCGCUCCUCAAGAUGAAUGAUCCCGACUCGGUGAUCAAGACGCCAAACAUUGACGAACUCGCCAGCACCGGCGUGGUCUUCUCGAGUGCAUACUGCAAUUCACCUCUCUGUGCUCCUUCGAGAUUCACCAUGUGCACUGGACAGCUUCCUUCCAAGAUCGGCGGCUACGACAACGCGUCAGUCUUGAGCUCGGACGUACCAACGUACGCUCAUUACCUGAGGCGUGAGGGCUAUGAAACUGUACUUGCGGGCAAGAUGCACUUCAUUGGUAAAGAUCAACUCCAUGGGUUCGAGCACAGACUCACCUCUGACAUAUAUCCUGGAGACCUUGGUUGGACCGUCAACUGGGACAAGCCCGAGGAACGCCAAGAGUGGUACCAUAAUAUGUCCUCCGUAAUGCAAGCUGGUCCAUGUGUUAGAAGCAACCAGCUAGAUUACGACGAGGAUGUCAUGUACAAGUCUCAACAGUAUCUCUACGACUGGGCUCGUGCUGAUCCGAAAACACGACGUCCAUUUGCUCUGACCAUUUCUUUGACCCACCCUCAUGACCCUUACACGAUGACCCGUGACUACUGGGAUAGAUACGAGGAUGUCGAUAUUCCUUUACCGAAAAACCCCAUUGCACGUGAAGACCAAGACCCUCACUCAGAGCGGCUCAUGAAAACAGUUGACUUGUGGGACAACCCCAUUCCUGAUGAGGCCGCCAUUCGAGCACGACGUGCCUACUUCGGUGCUUGCAGUUUUGUGGAUGAUCAAGUCGGCAAACUGAGGAAGAUACUUAGGGAUUGCUACCUUGACAAAGAUACUAUCAUCGUAUUCUCAGGUGAUCACGGCGACAUGCUUGGCGAGCGCAACCUCUGGUAUAAGAUGUCGUGGUUCGAAAACAGCGCACGAGUACCAAUGUUCAUCAACUAUCCGGCCAAGUUUCAGCCAAAGCGAGUCGAUGCGUCGGUUUCCACUAUGGAUUUGCUCCCGACUUUCGUCGACCUUGUUGGGGGUAAUUCGUCGGCCAUUCUUCCCAUUGAUGGGGUCAGCCUAUACAAAUACCUUGUCUCCGAUGAGCCUGGCAAAGACGAAGUCUACGGUGAGUACAUGGGCGAAGGGACUGUCACCCCGGUGUACAUGAUCCGUCGUGGACCAUGGAAGUACACCACUUCGCUGGUGGACCCUCCACAGCUGUUCAACUUGGUUGACGACCGGGAUGAACUCAAGAAUCUCGCUACAUCCUCGGAGUAUGCCCAGGUCCUUGCUUCAUUCGAGGAAGAGGCUCGCCAAAAGUGGAACUUUCAGCGAAUUCACCAAGAUGUGUUGGACAGCCAGCGAAGGCGUCAACUGACUUGGGGUGCGCUGCAAGUUGGCGUCAAGGAUACAUGGGACUACCAGCCACCAGGCAACGAGCAUGAUAGAUUCAUUCGGUCCCACAUCCCCCUUGACGAGCUGGAGCGUCGUGCGCGUUUCCCCGUCGUUGACUACAUUGGCCGAGAGAGAUCAGCAGCCGCCACCCACCAUGGUGUUGCUGGAGCUUUCGGCGAAUGA